UUUAUUGUGAAAAAUAUAAUUAUAAAUUAUUUAUUAGUUAUAAAAACCACGAGCACCCGAGAAAUAUUCGUACAAUUAAAUAAAAAAAAAACAACAAAUGACAGCUUUGAUUUUGACACUUCUCACGAAUCUGUUCUAACCUGAUCUGACUCAAAAGCAAGAACAGAAAAUCCUGUUCUAAACUGUUCUAGAUUUGUCAAUGAACAGCAAACUAGAACAGUGCAGCACAGAAAAAACCUCAAUGAACAGCAAAAAGCUGUACUUUUCUGCCUAGAACAGUCCAGCACAGCGUCAGUGAACAGAGCUUUUGUUGUUUAGAAAAAUUAUUAAUGAAAUAAAAAAAUUAUUAUAUUUCGCCAUCGACUGAGAUUUGUAUUUUAAUUUGAAAGCGACCGGUGGAUUUCAAAAUGAGUCAUAUCAAAUAACAGUUCUGAAUGUCCGAUCGAAAAAACUAUUCACGUUUAAAUCAAAUCGCGCCUAAAUCAAUGUGAACAUCAUCGACAAAUUUCUUUAUUUAAUUAGAAUUGUUUAUGUUUCUGGUGCCUCCUUAUGAAAUAUUUUGUUUAGAAUUCAAAAUUAUUUUGAGCAAAAAUUGACUUGAGUGAUCACAUUGGAUAGAAGCGAAAGAAGUAAAGUUUUCAAAAAAAACGAAAACAAAACAGAUCUCAACGCCAGUAUGUAUUCAAAUCAAAAAGUUUUGUUGCUUCUAAUUUUCAUUCUUCGUUACCUAAUUGAUAAAGACAACCAAGAGUUCAUCAAGUUUGAGUCUCAUAUUCUCAACGAUAUAGAAAGUUGUCCCAAGUGUUUCGCAAACCAAUCAAGUUUUUGUAAACGAGUCCAACUGGAGUACGAAUUUGAUGAAAAUCUUACAAAUAACCUCAACAUACUCUUUGGGGUGCGACAAAACCGAGUUUUAAAUGAUAAAAACAACGCUAGUAAAAAAGUUUUUGCAAAGUAUUUAGCAAAAAAUUUCGAUUUUAGUCAUUAUAAAGAACAUAAGAACGAAAUGGAAUUAGUGAAAAAACUUUCACAACGAUUCUUUAAUGAAACUCGAUUGGAGGGCAUGCAAUACUGUCCCGAAUCAACAGUGAAAAGGUUCCUUGAUGUUUUUACAAAAAACCAUACUGAACUUAAGAUUUGGAUGCAUAUGAAUGUUAAUAUUCAACCAAUAAUAUUGCCUUACAUGCAUUCAUUAGGAUUUCCUGUGCCUGAAACGUACGCCACUUGUGGUUUUACAAUAUUUCAAUCUGUAGAUGGAGUUCCUCUGACUGAUCUGUAUUCAAGUGACUUCAUAAUCAAGCUUCAAAUAGCAAGGCAGUUGCUUGUAGGAGCAUUGAAGUUUUCCGAAGGAUUCAAUGGGUUUCGAAUAUACAUAACUGAUCUUAAUAAAGAUAACGUCGUUUACAAUCUCCUGGAAAAUAAGAUCUCAUUCGUAGACUUGGAUACAAUAUUUAUUGUAGAUGGUCAGCAAAAUUCAAAGUCAAUUCAUAAGCAUAAGUUUUUAGAGUGUUAUGAUUGUUUUGCGUUUUCACCAUCGGAAAUUUGCUCCAGUGGCCAAAGUGAUGUGAAUAUAUUUUCCGUAUGCCAGUUACUUCGUGAAAAUUUAUUACAGGAUCGCACAAAAGGGUUCCUAUAUCCGAUACCGGACGAAUUUUCCCAACUUGAACAAAUGCUUUUUGAAUGUGUAUAUUGCAUGGAUGGAACAUGUGAAAACAGGUACCGAAUAGCCGUUGAAAUGAUAAAAAAUAUUGAAGAAAUAAUUAAAAAUUUUAAAUAAAUUAAA